AUCGGUGGUGUGUAUUUCCGUUCCGUUUUGCGGUCGAUCAAAUUUAUCGGUUCUAAUAAGAUUCCGAGCGAAAAAAGGCAUUGUUCGAGUUAGGAAGCAUUGGGCAGUCCGUCGGUCGGUCGGCUUUGAUCGGUUAGGUUAGUGGAAAUCGAAGCAAGCGCGCAAUUGGGUUUCUAGUAGUGAGUGAAACAGCAUGUUAUCACAUCUGGUAUUUGUCAACACGCUGAUCAAAGGUUCCGUCCGCAAGCCGAUUCUACGCUGAGAACGUUGUGAAAGUAGUAAGACGAAGAAAGCUGUGGAGGUGAAUGGUCUGGCGAGAGAAAAGAUCGGGUUUUAUUGCAUUCAAGUGCGAAGAGUAGAAUGUUAUAAAUUACGCGCAGUGCUGUGGUGUGUGUGAGCGGGUUAGUCUAAAAAUAUACAUAAAGUGAGGGAAGUAUCAAUAGCAGCAUCAACAGCGGUGGCGGCAGCUAAAGAAGCCUAUCGGCAAGAGUGGUCUUCAUGGUGUUUGUGUUGAGAAUCAUAGCUGAUUUUAUGCGUUGUUUAUUGCGUUUGAAGUAAACGUCAGUUGAAUGUGUGAGUGGUAAAAUAACACCGAAGAGGUGUGUGAAGUGUUAUAAAGUUGAGUGUCAUACAGAAGAGUGUAUAUGAAGAAUCGGCUUUAGGAAAUUGGUUUAUGAAAAUGGGGAAAAUAUGUAUGAAGUUAAGCUGUAUUGUUCUGCUGAUGGGUUAUGCAAACGUCGGAUUAUCCAUCCAGCAGCAGGAUUCUUUCGGAGGCCACGAGAUUUCCAGCAUUAGCUCGGAUGACUUUCAGCAUCACAAUCGCUGUGAACCGAUCACCAUCCCGUUUUGUACCGACAUUCAGUACAACAAAACCAUCAUGCCUAACCUGAUAGGACACACAAAGCAGGAGGAAGCAGCCCUCGAAGUUCAUCAGUUCAUUCCCCUGGUCAAAAUCGACUGCAGUCCAGACCUGAAAUUUUUCCUUUGUACUCUGUAUGCACCUGUCUGCACUAUCCUCAACUUUCCGAUACCACCUUGCCGCAGUUUGUGCGAAAGCGCUCGUGUGUGUGAAACGAUUAUGAAAACUUUCGAUUUCCAGUGGCCGGAGAAUCUAGAGUGCAGCAAAUUCCCCGAGGACGGCAAAGAGUUGUGCGUAUCGCAGAACAACUCUUCGGAAAGCACCCCGAUGCCAACGAAUUCCAUGCACGCCACCAAGUCACAUGCACCCCGAAAGAACGUUCACUCCGGAUCCGGCAAUAUUGCCACUGGCCAUCGGGAUCUGGGAUUCAUCUGUCCGGUUCAGCUGAAGGCUCCGACGAUUAUGGGAUAUCAACUGACCGUAGGGGGAAAGGUCACCAAGGACUGUGGGGCACCAUGCAACUCCAUGUUUUUCUCGGAAAAUGAACGAACCGUGCUCAAGUACUGGGUCGGAUCGUGGGCUGCGGUGUGCGUCGCCAGCUGUCUCUUCACGGUACUGACGUUCAUGAUCGAUUCGUCGCGCUUCCGCUAUCCGGAGCGGCCGAUUGUGUUCCUGGCGAUUUGCUACCUAAUUGUCGGUUGUGCCUACGUGGCCGGUCUGGGCGCUGGUGACACCGUGGCCUGCCGGGAGCCAUUCCAGCCACAUAUCAAGCUCGGUCGGAUGCACAUGCUGUCAACGAUUACGCAGGGUCACCGUCAAUCCACGUCCUGUACGGUACUGUUCAUGGCUUUGUACUUUUGCUGCAUGGCCGCCUUCGCUUGGUGGGCCUGUCUGGCAUUAGCGUGGUUUCUGGCCGCCGGGCUCAAGUGGGGCCACGAGGCGAUCGAGAGUCGGUCCCAUCUGUUCCAUCUGGUGGCGUGGGCGAUUCCGGCAAUACAGACCAUCUUCGUGCUGGCGCUUGGAAAAGUUGAAGGUGACGUCCUCAGCGGAGUGUGCUUUGUGGGUCAACUGGAUACCCACUCGCUGGCGGUGUUUCUGCUGAUACCGCUGUGCAUCUACUUAUCGAUCGGGGCGCUGUUCCUGCUGGCCGGCUUCGUAUCACUGUUCCGCAUCCGGACGGUCAUGAAGCACGACGGUACGCGAACCGACAAACUGGAACGGCUGAUGCUGCGGAUCGGAUUCUUCAGCGGCCUCUUCAUCCUGCCGGCGCUCGGCUAUUUGGGUUGUUUGUUCUACGAGUAUUACAACUUCGACGACUGGAUGGUCCAGUGGAACCGACAGAUGUGCAAGAUUUUUUCGAUCCCCUGCCCGACCGGCGGUAGUGGUAGGCACGCUGCAGUGCCACCACCCGUCGGACCCGACGAUGGCAAGCCCAUCUUUCACAUCUACAUGGUGAAGUACGUGUGCUCGAUGCUGGUCGGGGUCACCUCCAGUGUGUGGCUGUGGUCCGGAAAGACCGUCAUCAGCUGGAGGCAGUUUGCGGAGCGUUUGCAGGGAAAGGACACGAGAAAUCGAGGUGCUUAUGUCUAGGGUAGAAGGGGGAAGUUGAGGGGAGGGCUGGAAUUGAGUUGACAGAGAUGCGGUAAGGCCCCGCGGGGGGAUCCAAGUGUUGCUGUCGUCGGUUGAAUGUCGCAAUCGAGGUUGUAUCGGUAAGCCAGUAGGGUUGUAGGUUGACAAGAAUUGAGAGCUUAGUCUUAUUUUGGUUUGUUUAUUGUAAGAAUAUAAGUACUUGAUUUCGAAAUUGCCGGUAGCUUACACUCUACAAGUAAAGGAAGUUUAUCAAUGUGACUGCUUCAAACGAUGGUAUAUUUCAGAGACAAUAGGAAGAGAGGCGAAUAGUGAAACUCAUACCAAUUAUUUCUAUUAUAAUUUAGCAACUGCUUCUGCAGCUGCUUGACUUCAGUUUUAUUUUGAAACCAUAUUGUAUCGUGCUCUUCAGAUAUUUUUUUUUGCGAUUGACGGGUUUGAAAACCGGUAUGAAUGUUCUUCGUUUUUCGGGAAAGGGGGUAACCCCAGUACUCCCAACAAUAUAUCCGGAACUAUGGUCAUUUCCGGAAAGAUGGUCUUGGUUCCUAAAACUAGACAAAUUUUAUAUUCAUUUCAAAACAACUGCAUAAAGUUUAGUUAGAACGCGGCUGAGGAUCUUUCUUUUGAAAUUUAAUAAUUUUAAUGAAAUGGAGGUUGGGAACGUAAGAGUUAAAUGGAUUCAAACAGCAAUUCAACAUUCAGGAUUCAAUUUAUUUGAAACAUUUUGUACUACACGUAUACAAAGUUCGAAGGGCAACAAACAAAGGCGGAAACCUAACCACGGGGGCAAAACUUGCACAUGGAAGCUGUACAUGAAGUGGAAGAAGACGUCCAGUUUCGCUACCAAAUCCUUGUUUGGCAAGGGAUCCGCGGAUGUGGCGAAUAUUCCAUUCUUCAAUGUCAACUGAUAAAUCUAGCUUCCAUAAGUGACCAAAAGUCUCCAGAAGUGACAGCUGCACUUCUUGAGGACUCACAAAGGCUUGAUUUUGACUCGGUCGGACGUGGCAUCUUUCACUCUGCCAUCUUAGACUGAUUGAGAACCAACAAUGGUAUUUUUGUACUACAUUUUGACCUAACAAAAAAUCAUGAAGGCAAACGUUCGUAAAAUUUAAAAAAAAAAGUUUAAAAAUGCCCUUGUGAAAGAGCAGGGUAUCCCGCUUUUGGAACAUUUGAAGACCUAUAUUAUAUGACCUGUUCUGUUUUCGAUUUUUUCGAAAGUUUUUGUGAACAUUCUUACAUUGUGAGGUGUUCCCAAUCAAAGUAUGUAUGGGUAACACAAGCAGAACACUCUUAUACAGUGAAGAGCCGAUUUUAUAAGCCCCCGUUUUUGAAUGCCCCAAAUUUGACCACAACCGAUUUUUUUCAGUUUUUUUUGGCCUGAUCUUGUCAUUCUCAUAUGAAAAUCCGUUUAGUGUUCUCUAGCAGACGAACCAAGUCAAAUUCGUGUAGAUCAAUUCUAGAGCAAAUUUUUCUUAAAAUAUAGUCGCUAAAUUUGUUAAAAUAAAAAUAUCAAUUUUAUUCUUUUUCAUUUUCAUUUAUUCUGCACUGAAAGACCCCUUUAAGAUAAAUUUAAACUAAAUGAGAGGCUAAGAACCAGAAUGGGUUAAAAUUUUGUUCAGAACAACAGUGGAUUAAAAUAUUCUGUUUGAUCCGAAAUCAAAUAUUAAUUCAUUCAAAAAUUGUUCGAAAAAAAUUUUAGGGGAUAAGAGGUAUAAAAUAUUAACCCUUUUUUGCGCCAAGAAAAUAAUAUAUAGGGUCACAACAGGUGCUCAGAUUAUUUCUUGUUCCGACUUGUGGGUGAUGAAAUUUUAGCAAAUUUUUCACUAGCAUGCAGACAUUUUAUUGACGCGCCGCAGUGAAAACCGAGAUGGCAACUUCCGGUUACCACAAGAUAGUGAGAACCAUCAUCCAUAUAGUUGUCAUUUAAAAGAAGGUGCUCAGCAGAUAUCGAAAAUUGACGAUUAGCGCCAUUUUGAAAUCAAAGAUGGUGACUUCCGGUUCCCUGAAAGUAAACCAUCAUCAUUAUUGGUGUCGUUUGGAAAAGGGUGGUCAUUAGACAUCGCAAAUUGAUAAACACUAUUUUGGAAUAUCAAAGAAACUGUCAUCAAAACAGCUGUCGUUCGAAAGGGGCAGUCAGUAGACAACGAAAAUUGAUAAAUAACGCCAUUUGAAAAUUCAAGAUUGUAACUUGCAAUUUCCAGGAAAUAGUGAGAAUCAUGAUCAAUAUGGGUGUCAUUUGAAAGCGACUGUUCAGUAGAGAACGGAAGUUGAAGUUGAUGAGCCAUUUUGAAAUUCAAGAUGGCGACUUCCGAAGACCAAAAAACAGUGGAAACAAUUAUAACAACAUCCUGCGAGGACAAUACAUUUUUUUAGUUCAUCACAGAAUUCCUUGUUGAACAAGGAAUGAGUUUUUUCAAUUCGAUGUCUGGAUAGAUUAAACUUGCCGCGCCAUUGGCGGAAUUCAAAACAUUAUUUAUUACGCUUCUUUGAAUUACAUUAUUUAGUUUGAUUUUUGUUACUUAAUUAUUAAAGUUAUUAAAAAACGUUAAAAGAUAUCCACAGAAGUAAGAGUCACGCGCGCGCCUCUCAUAUCAAAAUAUUGCUGUAGAUACCAAGGGUGAUGAGUCUGUAUAGCUACUUACGUUUUAUUGGCACACACGUUAUUCAUAUUUCCGAUAUACGUGAUGCGUUUUUUAUCACUAAGACAUCUGACAACAUGCUUCUGUAGGUAUUUCUAAAGUACGGGCAGACUUAACUGGGUUUGCGCAUACUGAAAGGCGGAGUUAGUUAGAAGAUUUUAUUGGGUGAGAAGAAUGAAUUAUGUUGAAGUAGUUGCUGCUUUGAUUGCAAUAUUCUCGAUAGCUCUAACAAUAUGGGCAUUUUUGGAACGGUCUUGAUAAAUAGAUGAUGGAAAAUCUGGAGUCUGUUUGAAAUCUAAAAUGGUGACUCCUGGUUGAGCAAUGUUCUAGAUAACUAAAACAAUAUGGGUAUUUUUGGAACGAGCUUUACUAGUAGUUGAUGGAAAUGGACGUUUGGCGCCAUUUGGAACUCGACUUCAGGCUAAGCAAUAUUCUAAAUUCGUGUAGGUGAUUAAAAUUUACGUUUGACGCCAUUUCGAAGUCCAAGAUGGCGACUUCCUGUUGAACAAUAUUCUUGGUAAUUCAAACAAUAUGAGUGUUUUUGGAACGGGCUUGAUGAGUAGAUGAUAGAAAUGGUAGUUUGGCGUAAUUUCGAAUUCCUAAAUUGUGGCUUCAUUUGAGCGAAUUCUGUACAACUGCAACUAUAAGGGUACUUUUGAAUAAGCUUGACGAGUAGAUGACGGAAAUCGAAAAGUGACGUCAUUUUGAAGGUCAAGAUAGCGUUAAUAUUCUCGGUAAACCACAACAAUGUGGGCAGUUUUGGUACAGGUCUGACAAAAAAGAUGAAAAUGAUAUUUGGAACCAUUUUUGAAAUCCAAGAAGGCGACUUUCGGUUGAACGAUAUUCUCGAUAACCUCAAUUUUAAAAUUUUGUAGAGGGCGUGUGAAGCUGAUGAUGAAAUUGGGUGUUUGGCGCAAUUUCGAAUUCCAAGAUGGCGACUUCCAGUUGAACAAUAUUCCCGAAACCCUAACAAUAUGAAUAUUUUUUGGAACGGGCUUGACAAGUAGAUGAUGAAAAUGGUUUGAGGUUCUAAAGAAAUUUUAACCGUCAUCUUUGAUUCCAAAAUGUUUUCAAAUAUUGAUUUUCUUUAUCUACUCGUCGUUCCGAAAAUAUCCACAUUGUUGAGUUUGCAUAGAAUAUUUCCAAACCAGUAGUCGCCAUCUUGGAUAUCAAAAUAGCUUCAGACGUCCUUUUCCGUCAAUCACUCGACAACCCCAUUCCAACAAUACCCAUACCGUUGAGAUUCUAGAAAAUUAAUUUUAAUCCAAAGUCGCCAUCUUGAAUUUCGAAAUGGCUCCAGGCAUCGAUUACCGCCAUCCACUCGUCAACCCCAUGACGAAAAUACUCAUAUUGUUGAAGUUAACGGGAAUUUAUCUAAACCGGAAGAAAAUGUGAGCGCCGAUGAAAAAUAACGUUAUCGGCGGCAUUGGUGCGACUUAGACCAGCGGUGGCGGCGUGACGCCGGUCGCCAAAAUUGGUUGCGGCGCGGCGGCGUAAUACGGCGUUAUAUAUUUUUUGAUGAGACGGGAAGUAGUAAUGACUUCUUGCUCGAACCUUGCCGUGUUGACUCUUGUAUCUGCGUGUUUCAAAACUAUGCCAAGGAUUGAUGAUGUAGCGGUAUCAUCAGUUUUCAAUAUAAUACAGUGGUUUUCAACCGGAAAUUAAUUAUAUUUGAUUAAAUUUAAAUGAAUCUAUCUAAUAAGGCUAUAUGACGGAGUUUUCGUGAAGUGGAAUAAUGAAAGUCGCCUUUCUUCAGUUUCAUCACCUGCGUAAUGCAGUACUAAUAUCAUUUAACAUGUUAGAAAAAUGAUCUGGAUUUGAGUCUGGGCGUUUUCCGGGUUAGUCUGAUCAUAUGAUACACAGAACUGAAUAUUUUGGCUACGUAUUCCGUAAGCAAAGGAUCGUAGUAUGAAAAAAUUGCGAAAUGCUGCGGAUUUCUAAUAUGGAUCUUAAGAACAUUAGGUGAAUAUGUUACUACAUUUUAUCUGCGGGAAUGUUCUACUGCAUCAAAUAGAAACGAAAGAAACGAAAAAUUGAAAGGAUGAUAUUCUUGAGUGAAUCUGUUAUAAACUUAGAACAGAAAACUUUCCACCAUGCCGAUAUGAGUCUGUCUAGCCUGGGGACGGGCAUAGCGUAGUUGGUAAAUCGUACGCAGCUCACCUGGGUUUAAUUCCCAACCCCGCACAUAGGGUUAGAGAUUUUUCCAAAAAGAUAUUUCUUUAACCCGAAAAGAGGCGAGCGACCCUAAGAUUAAAACCUCUAUAAUCAAAAAAAAAGUCUGUUUAGCCCUAGUCUUCAGUUCUUCGUUUCGUUUCGUAUCCGAAUCUUAACAAUGAACAGGACAAUCACAUGACUAGUGCAAGGAUCCUACUGACUUCUAAGAACCCUUCCUGGCUGAGGCUCGAGCAUACAACGGGUUGCUUAUGAAACCAACGCCUUACCUUCUGAACUGCCAGACCAGGAUUAGUAGUUAAAACCCAUGAGCCUGUACGAUAUUCUUAGCACAUAUUGCACCACCGCUUAACACAUACCGUUUACCGACCUAUUCAGCUGAGUUUCGUUUGUCCAGAACUCGGAACGGAAAUGCCGUUCUGUUCGAAAUCAAAGUGUUAUAUUCAAUAAGGUGAUCGUUUCACAAAGAACAUACCUGAGUUCUUUCAUUCAGUACACAUUUAGGUCAAAUAUAGAAUUGGCGUGCGUUUAAAUAUGGUCGACGGGUCAAAACUCAAACUGACCAUUUUUUCUGAAAUCAGCGGCAUGUACAAAUCAUUUGCGGCGGCAGCGUGGCGCACACCUCUAACCGGAAUCUUGAAUUUCAAAAUGGCUCCAGAUCUCGUCCAGAUUUCCGUCAUCUACUUCUCACCCCCAUUACUAAAAUACCCAGGUUAUUGAGAAUUUAUCUAAACCGGAAGUCGCCAACUUGGUUUCCUAAAUUGCGUUCAACAUCGAUUUUCGUCAUGUACUCGUCAACCCUGUUCCAAAAUUAUCCAACUUUUAAUAAGAACAGGUAGCUAAAAUAUUUUAAUUCAUAUACAACUUCAUACUGUACUGCACGUAUUCAAUUUUUUUGCGAACUUGCUUCGUUAAAAAAGAGUUCGUAAUUUCGGUUUUAGUUCGUAGAAAAUUAUCUAGUGGACUGAUCCUUUUCAAAAUUUCAGACAAUAAAACGUAAUCCUUUAGUAAGCUUAUGGCAUAUUUAUUUCACUCUCACGCUACGCUUAACUGUACGGAAACCCACUUUUUAUGCAUGUCUACCUCAGAUUUGACCUCUUGGGAUGCUUCCGUAGUGCCUACUUUAUAAUUGCCCAGUAUUUUUCAAUGGGUCUUAGUUCCGGUGCGUUGGAAUGGGGGGGAUUGGGUUUCAUGUGCUUGGAUAAGAAAGUGACCCCGUUAGCUUCUUGCCACUCCAGGACAACAUUUAAAUAGUGGCUCGAAGAUAGAUCCAGCCAAAAGAUCGUAGGGCACUCGUGUUGCUUCAAUAGAGGAAUCAGACGCUUCUGUAGACACUCCUUGAGGUAAAUCUCCCCGUUUAAAGUCCCUGUAGUCAUAAACGACGUACUCCGUUUUCCACAUAAGCAGAUCGCUUGCCAAAUCUUGUAUUUAUUGGUCAGCUCUGAAAGCUUCUACUUCCUUGCUUCCCACAUAAAAAAACGCAAAUGCAACCGAAAAAUUCUCGUUUCCACAGUUUUUGACAGUGGUGUGUCGAAAAAGGGUGGUAUUUUAGUAAUUGUUUUCUAAAAUCGCUAUAUCAUCUGUUAACGCUGUUUGAUAGCUACUGACAUAGAAUAGCAUCAGCGUUAUGAAAUACAACUUUUACAUGUAACAACUACAUGAACUAUUCCAGAAAUUAUAAACAGCAGCGCGCUUAGUUUAUGAUUACACUUUAUGGAGUAUGCGCGAAGAAAUUCUUACUAGUCAUCAUUCCGUCUUCUUGAUGAAGGUACUCUUCGCCCUCAAACUACGUCUUGCACCUAUGGAGGUCAGAUUACACCAUCCGGGAUCAUCAAGUUUGACCAUCUCCGAUUAGGGGCGCUAUUCUCACAGUCACGUCACUUGGUGAUUAGAAGGAAAUUUUCUUCUAGUCACUAAGUGACGUGACUGUGAGAAUAGGGCCCUAGAACAAAACUCUGCAGUAGUGUUCGGUUUAUGGAUCUGCAUGAUAUUCUCUGGCAAUCGCAACAUUUCGAUACCAGAGCAAUUUUUUAAAAGAGCGUAGACAUUUUUGCGUGCUUUACUUUCAAAUAAAAAUUGUUCUAUUAUGCUAUUUUAUACAGCAAUACUAUCUGGGAGCGAGUUAUAUGGAAUGAAUACCUCUACGGGAAAAAAUAUACACUGAACAAAUGUCAUUUCUCACAAUAAAAUUCAUGUUAAAAGUUUGAAUAGAAUUUUUUUUAAUUUUUCUGCAUUUUGUCAAAAAAAUGUGGAGGGAAUUAAACUUAUUUUGUUUUUGAAGUCAUCCCGAAAACAAUUUUUUUUUGAUAACAAUGAUAUUAAGAAGAUUCCGUGAGAAAAUUUCAUAAUGGGACUCAAAGUGUUUUACGAGAUAUUUCAAUUAUAACAGGCCUAUCACUGGGCGAUUAAUCUAAAAUUAUCUUCCUUUAAAUUUAUGAUUGUAAUAUUUCGCAAAGCAUCCACUUCCAAAUAUUCACACAAUC